AUGCGUCUGUCAAAAUCUUUUAGAAACCGCUGUAAGUUCAGAAACAAAUGGGAGGAGAUCAGUGUUAUGGACGAGAGGAACAUUCCUAUGAGGACGUACCAGGUGUGCAACGUAAUGGAAGCCAAUCAGAACAACUGGUUGCGCACUGGACUGAUCCAGCGAGAAGGUGCUCAACGUGUCUACGUGGAGAUCAAAUUCACUCUACGUGACUGCAACAGCCUUCCGGGAGUCCCUGGAACCUGUAAGGAGACGUUUAACGUGUACUACCACGAAUCUAACAAUGCAGUCGCCUCACCUUUGCGCCACAUUCGAGAAAGCCAAUAUGUCAAGAUUGACACUAUAGCGGCUGAUGAGAGCUUUACGCAGACGGACGUUGGGGAUCGUGUCAUGAAGUUGAAUACGGAAGUGCGAGACAUCAGCGGUCUCAGUAAGAGGGGCUUGUACCUGGCGUUUCAAGACCUGGGUGCUUGCAUUGCUCUGGUGUCGGUGAGAGUCUUUUAUAAGCGCUGUCCUCUGGCGGUGCUCAAUCUGGCCCGGUUCCCGGAUACGGUGACGGGUGGCGAUUCUGCGUUGGUGGAAGUGCGUGGCACUUGUGUGGAGGACGCGGAAGAGCUCGAGGCACCACGGAUGUUUUGCAGUGCCGACGGAGGUUGGCUGGUGCCCAUCGGCCGCUGUGUGUGCCGGCCAGGCUUCGAGGAGGUAGAUGGACACUGCCAACCAUGUCGGUCAGGCUUCUACAAGGCCUCUGCUAUGGAUGCGUACUGCGUGAAGUGCCCCCCACACAGCUACUCCCACCAGGACAAGGCUUCUGAGUGUGUGUGUGAGAGAGGCUUCUACAGGGCCGAAUUGGACCCUCGCUCUAUGGCGUGCACAAGGCCACCUUCGGCACCCGGCAAUCCCAUUUCCAUGGUGAACGAGACUGCAGUCACACUAGAAUGGAGUCCUCCUCGUGAAAGUGGUGGACGUGGAGAUGUGUCCUACAGUGUCCACUGCAGGAAGUGCUCUGGAGAAGCAGGGGCUGCAGGAGACCGGGAAAAGUGCGUUCCCUGUGGUAGCGGUCCGCAUUUCAACCCCAGGCAGUUUGGCUUGACGCACCCCAGAGUUCUGGUCACAGGACUGCAGCCUCAUACCAAUUACACCUUCAACAUUGAAGCCCUGAACGGAGUGUCAGAUCUCAGCCCCAGUCCACGUCAACUAGUGUCCGUCAACGUCACCACCAGUCAGACAGUGAGCGUCAUCUUAAAGGAAAGGAAGGGCACCGACAGUGUAACGCUGGCAUGGCAGGGUCCAGAACCUUCUGACGGGACCGUAGUGGAAUAUGAAGUCACCUAUUAUGAAAAGAACCAGCAGGAUCAGAACUACACUGUGCUGAAGACCAAAUCCAACAGUAUGACGGUGGAUGGACUCAAGCCGGGAACCACAUACGUCUUCCGGAUUCGAGCCCGUACAGAUGGAGGCUAUGGGAACUACAGGGGAGAAAUUGAGUUGGAGACGAGCCAUGAAGAUAUGCUGGCGGUUGGAGAUCCCAACCAGCAAACCAUACUGGCCAUCUCUGUGGCAGGCGGUGCAGUGCUUCUGGUCUUACUAGUGGCCUGUUUUGUUGUGAGUGGACGGUAAGAGUAAUUUAC